GUCAAGGAGCUCUGGAGCAGGGAAAUGGAAAGAAUGUCUGGCAAGGAAUGCUGGGGAAUGAGAUGGAAUCUGAAGGCAGACGAAACAAGAGAUCCUCAGCUGAAGGACUUUGUCUGCCCGGCAACAGAGUGCUUGAGGGGGACGUCCAAUGCCCUUGUAUCCCAUCCGCUUGCAAAUUAAGAGCUGUCACGGUUCAGACCUUUCCAUCGGGACUCGUGUUUAACAUCGCGACUCUUCCCCCACCGCUGAGCCGCUCUCCAGUGCUGAAACCCCGAGCGCAGCUGUCGCUCCGUCCCCUUAGGAAACUGUCCUAAUGAAGGAGGCCGACGCCAUCAAGCUCUUUAUUGGCCAGAUCCCACGGAAUCUGGAGGAGAAAGACCUGAAGCCCAUCUUUGAGCAGUUCGGGAAGAUCUACGAGCUUACGGUGAUCAAGGACAAGUACACGGGAAUGCACAAAGGAUGUGCCUUCUUGACAUACUGUGCGAGGGAGUCAGCCUUGAAGGCCCAGAAUGCACUGCACGAGCAGAAGACAUUGCCAGGGAUGAACCGCCCCAUUCAAGUCAAGCCAGCGGACAGUGAAGGCCGAGGAGACAGGAAGCUGUUUGUGGGGAUGUUGGGAAAACAGCUGUCAGAUGCCGAUGUCAGAAAAAUGUUCGAGCCGUUCGGGAGUAUAGAGGAGUGUACAGUACUCAGAGGACCUGAUGGAGCCAGCAAAGGUUGUGCGUUUGUAAAAUAUCAGAGUAACGCAGAAGCGCAGGCGGCCAUCAGCUCUCUUCACGGCAGCCGAACUCUCCCGGGCGCUUCUUCUAGUCUGGUUGUGAAGUUUGCAGACACGGAGAAGGAGCGAGGGAUCAGGCGUAUGCAGCAGGUGGCCUCUCAGCUGGGCGUCAUCAGUCCCAUGAGCCUCCACCUGGGCGCCUACAACGCCUACACACAGGCACUUGUCCAGCAGCAGGCGUUGGUUGCUCAGUCUGCAUAUCUGUCUCCGGUUGCGACGGUUGCAGCAGUGCAGAUGCAGCAAUUGGCAGCUCUCAACCCCAGCAGCAUCAUCGCUACACCCAUCGCCUCAAUCACGCCCUCCUCAGGUACGAGCACCCCUCCAACCAUCGCCGCCACACCUGUGCCUGCUCUGCCUCCACCCAUCGCAGUCAACAGUUACCCACCGGUCCCUGCAGCGCCCAAUGGCCAGUCUGCCUCCGAAGCACUCUACACUAACGGGGUCCACCCAUAUCAGGCUCAGAGUCCUGCGUUGGAUCCUCUCCAGCAGGCGUAUACAGGCAUGCAGCACUACACGGCUACAUAUCCCGCUGCUUAUGGAUUGGUCGGUCAACCGUUCCCACAUCAGCCCACCUUGGUUGCCCAGCAACCCCAACAGCCGCAGCAGCUGCAACAACGAGAAGGACCAGAGGGCUGCAAUAUCUUUAUUUAUCAUCUGCCGCAGGAGUUCACCGACUCGGAGAUGCUGCAGAUGUUUCUGCCCUUCGGUAACGUCAUCUCAGCCAAGGUGUUCGUUGACCGUGCCACCAAUCAGAGCAAAUGCUUUGGUUUCGUAAGCUUCGACAAACCCGGCGAGCGCACAGCCGCCAUCCAGGCCAAUACGGCUUUUCAGAUCGGCAUGAAGAGGCUCAAAGUGCAGCUGAAGAGGCCUAAAGACGCCAACCGUCCAUACUGA